GUUUUGACACAUAUUCUUGUGCACAAUAUGACAUUUCUAACAAUCAGUGAAAAUUUUAAUUGUAGUAUAUUCCCAUGAUUUGAAUUUCAUCUUUCCCUUCUUAUUCUAAUAACUGGAUCAAAGAAUUUUAAUUGUCUAUAAGACAUGUUUUAAUCGAAGAUAUCGUGCAUCGUAUAAGGUGUGGCAUAUUCUGCAAAUUGUUCCAGCUCAAUAAUUUAUAAAAAAAAUCACUUAAAUCCAUCCACAAUGAACAGGAGAAGAACAAAUAAUUUUACAUACGUUAGUUCGUGUGUGAAAUACAUGAUAUUUCAGUUAAAUUUCAUAUUUUGGCUGUUUGGUGGCCUUCUAAUAGGAGUUGGCUUAUAUGCCUUUGUGGAUAAAUGGCAAGCUACCGGAUGGGUUAAAGUUGAGACCGUUUAUGAUGUUGUGCUCAAUAUAUCAUUGGUGAUGGUGAUUGCUGGUGGUGUAGUUUUCAUAGUGAGCUUUGCUGGCUGUGUUGGAGCUUUAAGAGAAAAUACUUGUCUCUUGAAAUUUUACUCUCUUUGUCUUCUCAUAUUUUUCUUAUUGGAGAUGGCAGUGGCAAUAAUGGGUUUUGUAUUUCCACACGCUAUGCAUAGUCUGCUUGAAGAUUCGUUUACUGAUAAGAUAAUACAUACAUACCGUGAUGAUCCAGAUCUUCAAAAUUUAAUAGACUUUGCUCAGCAAGAGUUUCAAUGCUGUGGUUUAAGUUCUGAAGGCUAUAUGGACUGGAGUAAAAAUGAAUAUUUUAACUGCAGCUCACCAUCUGUAGAACGUUGUGGUGUUCCGUUUUCAUGCUGUAUUAAUAAUACUGAUAUUUCUGGAGGUUUAAUGAACAUUAUGUGCGGUUAUGGAGUUCAAACGUCAUCUGUAGCAGAGGCCAAUAAGAAAGUUUGGACAUCCGGCUGUAUAGAAAUUGUUAGAACAUGGGCUGAACGCAACUUAUACACCAUAGCUGGCAUAGCACUGGGAGUGGCACUAAGUCAAUUGCUUGUCAUUUACCUCGCAAAAACUUUGGAGGGUCAAAUAGAACUACAGAAAAGUCGUUGGACGUCAUAGGAUAAGGACAAGCCUCGGACAAGAUGCGCGCGGAAGAAAAUAUUUCAAGGUUAUGAAGUGUAGGCGAUCAGAUGUAUCGCAAUAAUCGUUUAUAAUAUUAAAUUUAGAUUUUUUUAUUUGGAAAGAAUUGAGUUAGAGUAAUUAA